AUGGGCUACCCCGAAGUAGAGCGUAGGGAGCCCCUGCCUGCGGCACCGCCGCGGGAGCGGGAGAGCCAGGGCUGCGGCUGUCGCGGGGCCCCUGCCCGGGCGGGCGAAGGGAACAGCUGCCGGCUCUUCCUGGGCUUCUUUGGCCUCUCGCUGGCCCUCCACCUGCUGACAUUGUGCUGCUACCUAGAGUUGCGCUCCGAGUUGCGGCGGGAACGGGGAGCUGAGUCCCGCCUCGGCGGCCCCGGCACCCCUGGCACCUCUGGCACCCUGAGCAGCCCCGGUGGCCUCGACCCUGACGGUCCCAUCACCCGCCACUUCAGGCAGCCGUCACUUCAGCAGCAGCCGCUAGAACCCGGAGAAUCCACUCUCCCACCAGACUCCCAGGACGGGCACCAGAUGGCCCUUCUCAAUUUUUUCUUCCCUGAAGAAAAGUCAUACUCUGAAGCAGAAAGUAGGCGUGUUCGUCGCAAUAAAAGAAGCAAAAGCAGUGAAGGAGCAGAUGGUCCAGUUAAAAACAAGAAAAAGGGAAAGAAGGCAGGGCCUCCUGGGCCAAAUGGUCCCCCAGGACCCCCAGGACCUCCAGGACCCCAGGGACCCCCAGGGAUUCCAGGGAUUCCUGGAAUUCCAGGAACAACUGUUAUGGGACCACCCGGCCCUCCAGGUCCUCCUGGUCCUCAGGGACCCCCUGGCCUCCAGGGACCUUCCGGUGCUGCUGAUAAAGCUGGAACUCGAGAAAACCAGCCAGCCGUGGUGCAUCUCCAGGGCCAAGGGUCAGCAAUUCAAGUCAAGAAUGAUCUUUCAGGUGGAGUGCUCAAUGACUGGUCUCGCAUCACUAUGAACCCCAAGGUGUUUAAGCUACAUCCCCGCAGCGGGGAGCUGGAGGUACUGGUGGACGGCACGUACUUCAUCUAUAGUCAGGUGUACUACAUCAACUUCACUGAUUUUGCCAGCUACGAGGUGGUGGUGGACGAGAAGCCCUUUCUGCAGUGCACCCGCAGCAUUGAGACGGGCAAGACCAACUACAACACCUGCUACACCGCGGGCGUCUGCCUCCUGAAAGCCCGGCAGAAGAUCGCCGUGAAGAUGGUGCACGCCGACAUCUCCAUCAACAUGAGCAAGCACACCACCUUCUUCGGGGCCAUCAGGCUGGGAGAGGCCCCUGCGUCCUAGAUUCCCCCCUGUUU